CACAAAGUAAUUCGACCCUCAAACCCGGAUGUAACCAACGCCUAACCUGUCCGAAGAAAAACGAUGCAAACUAUAAAAUGUGUAGUGGUAGGGGACGGUGCAGUAGGAAAGACCUGCUUACUGAUCUCCUACACAACCAACAAGUUCCCCUCAGAAUAUGUGCCUACGGUUUUUGACAAUUAUGCAGUGACAGUGAUGAUUGGAGGAGAGCCCUAUACACUCGGCCUAUUUGACACAGCAGGUCAGGAGGAUUAUGACAGGCUGCGUCCUCUCAGCUACCCACAGACAGACGUGUUCCUCGUAUGUUUCUCCGUCGUCUCCCCCUCAUCAUUUGAAAACGUCAAAGAGAAGUGGGUCCCUGAGAUUUCUCACCACUGCCCACGCACACCCUUCCUGUUAGUGGGAACACAGGUGGAUCUGCGGGAAGACAGCAACACGAUCGAGAAGCUGGCGAAGAACAAACAGCGCCCCCUAAAUCCUGAGAGCGGAGAGAAGCUGGCUCGUGAGCUCAAGGCUGUCAAAUACGUGGAGUGCUCUGCUCUGACACAGCGAGGGCUUAAGAACGUGUUUGACGAGGCCAUCCUGGCUGCCCUGGAGCCUCCCGAGACCAAAACCAAGAGAAAGUGCGUCCUACUAUAGAUGAACAACGACAGCGAGAGAUGUAACAGUGUGAGAAAUAGGUGGGGUGAAUCAAAACAUCAGAAAGAUCAAUGGCUAUUAUGAAAAAAAAAGGACAAAACAAAAGGGGAAAGGAGGUACAGUGCCAUUGAGACUUAUUUUAAAACGUGUACACUGAUUGUGCCUUCAAAAUAAACUUUGAAAGAGGCUGAGGGAGCAAAACCUCAGCAUGCAGUAAGUGUCACCUAUCUCUGAAAGCUUUUAGAAAUGGCAGUGUUCUCUCAAAUAUUCAGGUGGGGCGGGCCCCCCCUGCCUGUCACUGUUGCUCCAUUUUUUUAAAGAAAGAUUCUUUUAUAUAGUUGCCUUUGACCUCCUCUGUGUUUUACUUAUUGUGGCCUGUUGGGGCAUUUAAACCCAGUGUAGGGAAAUCUAAAUGGGGAAACACUCUUAACAUUAAGUUUUUUUAAUGAACUUCACUGAGUACAUUCAAAGGGGCGACUUAAUGUUAAGUGGUACUCUGUUUGCGUUCUUUUCUGACCCUUUUGGAUUGAAUAACGAAAGCACAAGAGAUUGUCACUCCAAACAAAGAUAGACAUCUGUAAUUCUUCCAGUUCUCAGAGACUUCUGGGAAGGCCACGUGCAUUUUCACCAGUUUCUUUUCUUUUUCCUGUUAUUCUUCGAUGUACAUUGCUUUAAUUCUGUGACUCUGUUUUGGGGAAAAAAAUUAGCAGUUAUUCAUUUUGAAACUUGAGUUUUUAUUUUAUCAAGAUUUUUUUUUAUUGCUAGACUACCAACUUUGAGCAAUUGAUAAUAUAACAAAUUAAGUUGUAAUAUUUUGAAUAGGUCUUAAUCUUGCUAGAGAUUGAGAUGAUAACAUUUUGCUAGUAAAUUUCUGGGUGUUUGUAAUCACAGGAUAUUUUUAAUAAAAUGGUUUAAUGACAUGGACA